AAGCAGCGAGCAGCACGUGGGGGCGGUGCCGGCCCGAGGGCUUUAGGUUCCCCCCUGGGUUGUAGGAGGUGAGGCUGGCGGCGGCGAUAGCCGAGGAAGAGAGACGGGACGCGGGGUGCUAGAGGGACGCCGUGGAGCACGGAGACUGGGUCAGCGUCAUGGAGGGCUCAGGGGAGCAGCCGAGCCCACAGUUAUCACAUGCUGGGGACCACCGCAUCCGCGAUGGCGACUUCGUGGUGCUGAAACGGGAAGAUGUCUUCAAAGCAGUGCAAGUUCAGCGGAGAAAAAAAGUAACUUUUGAAAAGCAGUGGUUCUACAUGGAUAAUGUCAUUGGCCAUAGUUAUGGAACCACAUUUGAAGUGACCAGUGGAGGAAGUCUUCAGCCCAAGAAGAAGAAGGAAGAGCCUGCUUCAGAGACUAAAGAAGCAGGCACUGAUAAUCGAAAUAUAAUUGAUGAUGGAAAAUCUCAAAAACUUACUCAAGAUGACAUAAAAGCUUUGAAGGACAAGGGCAUUAAAGGAGAGGAAAUAGUUCAGCAGUUAAUUGAAAAUAGUACAACAUUCCGAGACAAGACAGAAUUUGCUCAAGAUAAAUAUAUAAAAAAGAAGAAAAAGAAUGUUUGGUUUUUUUCUUCUUGCAGAUAUGAAGCCAUCAUUACCAUUGUGAAGCCAUCCACCCGUAUUCUUUCAAUUAUGUAUUAUGCAAGAGAACCUGGAAAAAUUAACCAUAUGAGAUACGAUACACUAGCCCAGAUGUUGACAUUGGGAAAUAUCCGUGCUGGCAAUAAAAUGAUUGUGAUGGAAACAUGUGCAGGCUUGGUGCUGGGUGCAAUGAUGGAACGGAUGGGAGGUUUUGGCUCCAUUAUUCAACUGUACCCUGGAGGUGGACCUGUUCGGGCAGCAACAGCAUGUUUUGGAUUUCCCAAAUCUUUCCUCAGUGGUCUUUAUGAAUUCCCCCUUAACAAAGUGGACAGUCUCCUAAAUGGAACAUUUUCUGCUGAGAUGUUAUCUUCAGAGCCAAAAGACAGUGCUUCAGUUGACGAAAGUAAUGGUGCUCUUGAGGAAAAACAGACUUCAGAACAAGAGAAUGAAGACAGCAUGGCCGAAGCGUCAGAGAGUAGUCCCCCAGAAGAACAGGGAACAAUGGAGAUUGCUUCUCACAAUCUAGAACAUAAGGAACUUAAAGAAAGAGAAAGCAAAAAAGAUCAUAUUCAGGAAAAACAAAGGAAACAAGAAGAGCAGAGGAAAAGACAUUUAGAGGCUGCUGCUCUGCUGAGUGAAAGAAACGCAGAUGGUUUAAUUGUAGCUAGUCGUUUCCAUCCCACUCCACUGCUGCUGUCUUUGCUGGACUUUGUGGCCCCUUCAAGGCCGUUCGUGGUCUACUGUCAGUAUAAAGAGCCUCUGUUGGAAUGCUACACAAAACUGCGGGAGAGAGGAGGGGUCAUCAACCUCAGGCUGUCUGAAACCUGGCUCCGAAAUUACCAGGUUUUGCCAGAUCGAAGUCAUCCCAAACUGCUGAUGAGUGGAGGUGGGGGAUACCUUCUCUCAGGCUUCACCGUUGCCAUGGACAACCUUAAAGCAGACACAAGCCUCAAGUCCAAUGCGAGCACUUUAGAAUCACACACAACAGAGGAGCCAGCAGCUAAAAAACGGAAAUGCCCAGAGUCUGACUCUUAACCCUGCAAGAAUUGCUUUGGUUUUUGUUCUCAGGCAUUAUACAGUUAGUAAUUAAAUGUUAAAUGCCAUUACUAAUUGUUUUUUCAUAUCCUGAGAAUAAGAAAGUGUCUGUACACUUGUUCCUGGGAAGGAAGAGUAAAACCUAUUGUCCACUUCUGACUCAGAUGGAUUUGGUCUGUCAAAACUGCAACUCUGGGAUGUGCAGUAGAGUCGUAUGACCAAUUUUGUUUAUUUAGCACAAAUCCUCUAAGUACUUUGUGCAAAUAUCUUGAGAAUUUCAACAUCCUAAAAUGUAUUUAUACAAGACUUUGUUUAUAUUUUAAGCUAAGUGGAAUAGCUGAAACUUGGUGGUACAGAAAGGAAGGACUUUGUGGAAGAAAUUUCCUCUGUUCAUUCCAUUCUCGUCAACCUAAGCAAUAUGGACACGUGAGUGUGUGAGAUUUACAGUACCAAAAAUGUCCACCCUGUUCCCUGUAGUGGAAUAAGUUUUAUAAAUGCCAGGUUUUAUUAUUUUAGUAGUUGACAACCUGGGAAAGUUCUGAGUAUUUAUUUUAGUGUGUUUUUUUUGUGCAUAGAAAGGUUUAGUGGGGUACUUUUUUGCAUUAAUUUGCCAAUCCUCUCAUUCUUUGUUCCAAAUAAAGUGACUAGAAUUUUUGUGAAA